CCUUGACAACGCUUCCACUCCACUCUGGGUAACCUGUAGUCUAGAGUCUGUCUCAUGUUGCACUAGUAGCCUAAUUUUCCGGUAUAAAAUAAUUCUCCCAUCUUUAGUGUCCGCCUUUUCACAGAGCAAGCAACAUCUGCUGUUUCUCAAAGAAAUACUUAGGCUAACAAAAGCAUAUUAACAAAGGAAACUUUACGUUUUUAUUUCAACUUUGCUAAAAUUAUUACCAUUACCAUGUCUGGCGAGGAAGCACCUGCUCAACAGCAAAAAUCCGAGGAACAAAAGCAAGAGACCAAAGCCACCGAAGAGCCUAAACCAGAGACCAAGGAGGAGACCGCGCCAGCAGCUGAUGCAUCAGCUGCGCCGGAGGCUACAGAGAAACCUCCGGAAGAAGAGGUCUUUACCUACCGGGCUCUGGUUCUCUCCGGCUAUGGAGGAUACGAUAAAGUCAAGUUGCAGGUUAAGAAGGGGAUGCCAACCCUCAAGAAUGGAGAGGUGCUGGUGAGGGUAAAGGCGUGCGGUCUGAACUUCUCAGAUUUGUUGGGAAGACAGGGUCUGUAUGACCGGCUGCCGUCCCCGCCCGUUACGCCCGGGAUGGAGUGCUCCGGAGUGAUUGAGGCUUUAGGAGAAGAAGUAACGGACAGAAAAGUGGGAGACAAGGUGCUGGUUCUGAACCGCUGUGGGCUGUGGCAGGAGGUGGUGUCUGUACCGGCCAGCCACACGUUCAUCAUGCCCGAAGAGAUGAGCUUUGAGGAGGCAGCCGCCAUCCCUGUCAACUACAUCACUGCCUACAUGAUGCUGUUUGACUUCGGCAACCUGCGACCCAACCAGAGUGUGCUCGUCCACAUGGCGGCAGGUGGGGUGGGAAUCGCUGCCACCCAGCUUUGCAAGACAGUCCAGGAUGUGACUGUGUUCGGCACGGCGUCAGCCAGCAAGCAUGAAGCCAUUAACCAGGGUGGGGUCACGCACACUAUUGACUACCGGACACAGGACUACGUGAGUGAGGUCCGCAAGAUCAGCCCCAAAGGUCUGGACAUUAUCUUAGACCCUCUGGGAGGCUCUGACACCCACAAGGCCUUCAACCUGCUAAAGCCGAUGGGCAAGCUCAUCACUUACGGCACUGCCAAUAUGCUGACGGGCCAGAAGAAGAACCUGCUGGCCGUAGCCAAGACCUGGUACAACCAGUUCUCCACCAACGCCGGCAGCCUCAUUCACGCCAACAAGUCCGUGUGCGGCUUCCACCUGGGCUACCUGGACGGAGAGUAUGAGCUCAUUUCACAGGUGGUGGCCAAACUGCUGGAGCUCUACAGCCAGGGCAAGAUCAAGCCCCGUGUGGACUCCACCUAUCACUUUGAGCAGGUGGGGGAUGCGAUGAGGCGGAUGCAAGAGAGAAACAACAUCGGAAAAGUCAUCCUGCUCCCAGAGCCAAAGAAGGAAGAGGAGAAGAAGGAGGAGAAGAAAGAGGAGGAGAAGAAGGAGGAGAAGACAGAUGAGAAGAAAGAGGAAAAGAACGAGGAGCCCAAAACCGAGGAGGACAAGAAAGAGGGCAAUUGAAACGGAGGGUCAGAUUGUAGUGUCAGGAAGGCCACUGGAAGCCCAUCUCCUGGGGGCAGGGUUUUAUUUUAUUAUUUUGUGUGUGCGUGUGUGUGUGUGUGUGUCUGUGUGUGGGUGUGUGUGUCUAGGGGGUGGGGGUUUUACAGCAGUCUGAGUCACCCAGACCAUCUCUCAGCCCUCCCUCUCCCACCCUAGCAUCGGUGCCACCCAGCCCUGGUCUUGCACUUCCACCCGUACCUUCUCGCUUUCUGCGUAGGGUUCAGUUUCCCAUAAGCAGCUGAAUUUCCUAAACUAAAACUAUAAAUGCAGCUUUCGGAUUUUCACGCAAUUCUUUCACAUUUUUCCAGAACAAUGAAAAUCGGGGGCCCCGGUCUGUAAACUUGUUGAAUCGCAUGCUUAUGUAGAAGGAGGCAUCAGAGGACUACAGAUGGUAUUCCGUUCCAGAGCUGGUGACUGUUGCUGUGACAACCAGAUUCACAGUACCUACCCCACCCUCUGUCAGACCAGAUGCGGUUUAGAUUCCUCUUAACCACUCCCACCCACCCCUCCACCCCACCCCCGCGAAUCACCUUGCCCCUGCACCAACCCAGACUCACCGACAGGCAGAAAACCUCGCCCACCUCCCCAUCCAGGCUCUCUUGUUUCAGACCCCUCGAUAAUGAUGUCACUUAGUAGUGGCAGAAGAGAUGAGUCAGCAUAGCAGGUGAUUGGUUGUUCGCUGCCUGGCACGAAAUGGCUGCAUGUGAACCUACUGACUUCCAGUAAGGAGAGUCAGCUCGUUAUCUGCUGCAUGUAAUGAGCUCACACCUGGUUAACUGUGGCAAAGGCCCAGACCAAUUAUCUAUAGCUUCUUAUUAGCUCCUGUGAUUCUGUAUUUUAUUUAUGCCAAUAUUAUUGACACUUAUGAAGCCUUUUCUGGUUUAUUGUAGCGCUACACUGGUUUUCAUCUGCUAGCGAGAUCAUCUGAUAAUAACGUUUUAUCAGAGAAUGAGCAAGAAUUAAUUUAAUGUGGAUUCAUUCAUCGACGUUAUAGUGUGUAAUUCCUUAUCAUAUUUUCUGUUGGUGUCCUUGUCAUAGUCCAUGGCGAUGUUAACUUGUUUAGAAAUUAAUGCAUAUUAAACAGAGUACAUUAAUUCACAAGUCCUGCUUGGUAAAACAGUAUAUAAUGAUAAUAGGGACCAGUUUGACGGAAUCUUCCUCCAGCAUUAGUUUCCCUCGCUCCACCUUCCGUUAAAUACCAAUCGCUUUGCUGGAUCAAGUCAUUCAUCAUUUUCUGUGAGGCGGGAGAACAUUGCUCUCAUGGAACCUUUACCCUUUCCUUUAUCGUAGUCUUGCUUCCUCUUCUCCACCUCUCUCUCUUUCACUCGGUCUUGCUCUCUCUCUCUCGCUCUCUCUCUCUCUCUUGCUUGCUGUCUCCAUAUUAAAGCUGGUCGGCAUGGCAACAAGUAUCCAGCUUGUCAGAGAUGGUGACAAGGCCUGCCCCCCCCCCCCCCCUUUCCUCGGUCUUUCCCUCCAGGCAGAAAUGUGGGAUUGCACAGCCCACUCUCCCCCUGCUGAGCAUGUUAGGGAUUGCUGGGAACUGAUCCUCUCAUACAGCACUGUAGUAAUACGAUAGCAAGACGGUGGCCAGUCACUCAGCUGACUUUGGUUCAAUUACAGAAUUGUUUUGAAUUCAAAUAAUUUUCUAUGCUUUACUGAGUAUUUCAUAGGUUAUUGGAAGCUAUACUCAAAAAUACUCUCAAAAAGUGCAAACAAACCCCACCUUCUGGUCCUUGUGGUUGGGUCAGUUACACCUGGCAAGAUCAAUCGAGCACAAAAAAAAUAUUUGAAUCCUAAACAAUUGUAUAUCUGUGGGUCAUGUGUUCAGCAGUCUGUUCUAAUGGUUCGAUUUCAGGCGACUCUCUCUUAAUUCUUCUUAUUCCACGUGUCUACACAUUCCAACUGCUGCCCCAGCUAUAAAAACAGAGGUUCCCUUUUCGAGUUCUGGAGAGUCACUACCCAUCCGAUUAAGUGACAGGCUAGCAAGAGUGGCGACAUUGUUAAAAUUCUGUUCGUGACUGACUAAAAUUCCUCAAAUAAACAGAGCGCUGCAUUUGUGGUGUGGAAGUGCUUGUGCAGGAAUAUGCUUAGGCAAUGCUGCCCUAAUAGAAACAACACUGCCCCUUGUGGUUUCCCUGAGAAUUGCAAUUGAUUGCUGUGAUGACACUGAAUCACUGUGAGCAGGGGUCUGCCACCCUAGUCCAAAAGAGGCAACCAUACCUGCAGGUUUAUGCUUUCACCUUAAAAUCAGCAACUGAUUUAGAUCCCAUAAACCCAAUGGUUCUCCAGGACCAGGGUUGCAGACGCUGGACUGUGAAGCCUCAUGCCCUAUGUGCUUACUUUCAGCAGUGCACUCCCCUACAUUGUGGGUCCAGGCCAAGUCUGUGGUGGCUCAGCUCUGUGACUUUGUAAAGUUUUAAAAAGUUACAAAUUGUGCAUAUGUGAUGUCUGCGUGUGCUGUUUGAUUGGUGUCUGGGUGUGGAUGUGUGUGUGUUUUUUUGUUUUUUUUGAGUAUGUGCAUUCAGUACAUCUGUGCAUGUGUUUACUUUGUGUGUGGUCUUCUGCCUUGGACGUUGGCUAAUCCCACAUUUACCCCGUUCGUUAUUUGCCAUUCUUCUCCCCUUGCUUUCUCCUCCACGAUCCCCAUCCUGACAUUUCCCCAUCCUCCACUCAUCCCCUCCAUCAUCCCCACUCCUCUCUCUGCCCUGCGCUCUGUAGUGUGUGUCAAGGCGGUUGUUUUUGGUAUUUUGCACGCUGCUGGCUGAUUUUAUUGCACUCGGAGGGAUGGAAAUCAGCCACCCAGUGCACAGCAGAUCCAUUCCAGGUUUUACCGCUCGCACUCCUGCCAAUUCCGCUGCCAAGCAAGUCAAUAUAAAUCUAAAUCUGUGAAUUCACCUGAAACAAAGGGACAACAGUCCCAGUGCUCAGAGAUAACAUGUAUUUGCCUGCAGCUGGUAAGACCUGGGACGGCUUCCAGUCCGCUUUGCAUUAGGGUUUUUUUUUUCCUUCCCCCAGCCUGUUGGGGGUGUUUCUGUUCUCUUUGGGUCUGUUCUGUUAUGCUGGGUUAUUUGUAUUCCUGUGAAUGGUGGUUUGGUUGUCAGUAGAGUAUUGUGUGAGUAACAAAUGUUAAGUGAAGAAUGUUGUACUUUAUAUAUUUUCCAGUUUAAGGGUUUAAAGCUCAAAGUCACUCUUAACAGGGACCUGCUACAUUCCUUUAAUGUGAUUCCAUUUUUUUUUUAAAUGCUUAGUUUCCAACCAAGCGUGCCAAAUCAUAUGUAAACUUCUCGCUUUGCCUUUAAGAAAACAGCGUUUAUUGCAAAAACAUGCACAGAAAGGUAAAACUAGCCAAUUCUUCUGUUGCUUCCCAAAGCGUUGCGAAUUGUUGAUAAUUAAGCGCUCUGAAACAAAUUUCCCACCAACCUUGUGCAAAGCUCUAUAGUAUAGUUGCGGCUUCUCGCCUCAGAGCCUGCGAUUGAAGCUUCUAGGGCUGUUCUUCUGCUGCAGUUCAGAUCUAUGCCGUUUGUUUUUCAAUGGAAUUCAUCCUAUCAGGUACUCCUUGUGCCUCGCACCCUCUCACCACCCCAAAAAAAUACCAGUUUACCUCCUUCAACUGCUUAUCCUCAUGAACCACCCUCCGCUGUUCCUGGAUCAGAUUGUGCCAAGGGCCCGUACAGGGAUUUGCACUUGUCUGUUCAUCAGACCACAUAAUGUAUCUCUGCAACAACAAGGAAAGCUACUCAAAAGCCCCGUGUUUCCGAGGUGUGGUUCAGGCACUUGCAAAGGGACAGAGAGCAUUAGGCAGUCCCGCGUCUGAGGCCCGGUCUGUUCAGUUUGUCUUUCAGCAGCAUUCCCCUGGCCCGUAUCUCCGGAUCUCUUCCUUGCGGCUUUAAGGCUAAUUCCUCAUGGUUUGGGAUGCGAGAGUGGAGGAGGAAAAUAUUUUUCCCAGCUGCGGUAGCGAGUCACCAGCUGCAAGGAAGGUGACCUCGGUAUCCAGACGUCGCUAGUUUCACACGUUCCUCUCUCUCUGCAUCGACUUUGCCUGUGUCACUUUAAACACUUUUUGUCACCCAGCGAAAAAUAAUACUAAAAACAUUUCCAUCUCCAGUUUCACCGCUUGUUCAUGUAAUCUGCUUCAGUCGCUCAAUAUUGUUAUGAAUUUUGGCUGCAGAUGAGACAGUCUAGACAGCGGAUGGGAAGGGACUGCGAGUUGGCAGAAGAAGGGUUCUUCUCGUGAUGAUUCUCUUUUCCCUCAGAGGUUACCGGUAUCCUGAUGUAUUUUGCAGAUUUGUCCCCCCCCUCCUCCACCACCUGAAUAAUGAGAAGUUUCAGACCCACCCCAUACAGGGUUUCUGAGUUAAACUGGAACUGCAAUGUUACGGCCAUCAUUCUCAGUUCUCCUGAGUGCUUUAGUUGCAGCUCCUUAAAUGACUACACAAUCAAGUUACACAAGAGAUGUGCCAUAUCUACAGUGUGCCCCCAGAGUAGUUUUUGAAGUGCUUUUUUAUGUGCCCACAAAUACACUCAUUUGAUUGGUUAAGACCUCAGUAUUCAGGGAAAAUUGGAUAUUGUGAUGUCUCACUCUCUUUUGAUUUCAGUAUUUGGCAGGUCAGUCCAAACUGCGGUCAGAAUUCCCAGUAACACUUUUUUCACCGACAGACGCUGUUCUCACGUGUGACUGCUUGUGUAGUGUUCACUUUUUAGUUCACAGUCUGGUUCCCCACCACAGUUUCCCCUGCCAAGCUGCUCAUGUUUUUGUAAGGUGUAUGCACAGUGUAGAGUGAAAGCAGUAUGAACUAGAUGCCUUUGCAGCACAAUCUGUGUGUCAACGGCCAAAUUGUCGGCAUCCCCCCUGAGAAUGCGGGCCACAGGAGGCUCUUGUUACAAGCACAGAGAUCACCUUUAGCUGGUGGAUGGAAAACUGGCUGUCUUACUCUGUUGAGGGCCCAUAUUGUCCCCUAAGUAUUUGCAUUUUUUAAAGGUGCCUGAGGUUCAGGGCUUCCUGUUCCUCCCUUUUGUUUUUGACCAUGGUACCAUUGCCAUUGAAUGCCAUUUCCAGAGAGUCUUUGUCUACAGCACUACCUGCGUCGCUGAAGCAUGAUUGACAGUUAAUUGAUAUAUUACUCUACCACUGUAGCAUUGAAGGACUGAGCCUCUCAAUCACAUCCAUCUGUGCAUGCAACAAGAUACGACGCAGGUGUAUUGUUUUAUCUUCAAAUGUUUAAUUUGAAUCAGUGUUUCCACACGCCACCUCUUUCCUCUUUGUAUUUAAACCCUUUCAGUAAAUGCUGCUUCUGUGCUUGAAUCCGGGUCGACCACGUUGUGUGAUGCUGUUCACAUGGACUAGAACUUGUAUUGCUUCUCUGCAUAAUGUUACCAUAUGCCUUACAUGUUUUCCGAAAUUAAUAAAAAGCAUAACAAAA